AUGAGUUUUCAGUGGCCGUGGCAUUUCGAUUUUCCUCCUUUUUUUACGUGAGUUUUAAAUGUUGUGCUUGUAUGAUUCCAUUAAUUUUAUAUCGCUUUCUGAUGUUUUUAUUUAGAAUCCAACCGAACUUGUUGACCAGGGAGAAGCAACUGCAGGCUUGGGGGCAGUUAGUAAUUGAUUAUUGUCAGUUCAACAAGAUCUUUAUCAUCGACGUUGUAGAAUACAGAAGAAGCGAACUCUUUUGCAAUCUUAAACUGAGCCGUGAGUAACUGGUAUAACUAUUUUAAAGUUUAGGGAAUCUCGACGAGGAGGGUAUCCAGGCAGUGUUCGACUAUUUGGAAAAACAAAGUAAUUUUUUUCUGUGCCUAGUAUUAUUCUUUAGAGCACAUUGAGUGGACAGACUCUUCUAAAAAGCGUUGUCACAUUUUUUGGCGGAGAGUAGACGAGUGGGCUCAACUUUUACACGAUUGGGGUGUGUCCAGCGGAUUAGUUGGUACUGUCCUCACCUUUGCGGAUAUUGUGGAGGACGAAAGCAACAGAAACGAAUGUAAUUUGUUUUAUGAUAGCUUUGAAAUUUUUAGAAAUUUACGCAACUUAUUUUACUUACAGCCUUCUACAAUCUCGACCAAGACGUUCUUGUAAAGGCUUUGACUGUUCUAGAACAGAAAGGAAAAGCCGUUUUGAUUGACAUUGGUGGGGUCAAAGGUGGAGUUCAGUUCAAUUAAUUAUGAGUGUCCGUAUCCGCAGUAAUUUAUUAGGUAUGAAAUUGCAAUUAUAUUGUCCUAUAUUUAAUUUUAGUACAAAAUUUUGUAAACGAUAAUGACUUCAUCAAGGAAGGAGACGAAGUAUUAAUCUACUGCGAUCCUGAUAACAUUGUGGCUGUAACGGUGAAGAGAGGAAUGGCUAUUAACAUGAAGUCCGGGGCAUUGAGACACGAGUUUUUAAUUGGAAAACGGUAAUUUUUAUCUUCUGUUGAGUUCCUUUUCUUUUAGUGUUAUUACGGGUUGUUUUGAAGGUUUUAAAAAUGGGUGACACUAAAUGGUUUGUUGCCUCUAGGCUUAGAUGUGAUUUUUAGUUUUUGGUCAUAAUUAUUAGGUUGAUGCAAAAGGAAUUGCGGAUUUUUUAAUUUAUUCGUAUUUUUUUAUAGAAUAGCUCAAUUCAAAAAUGGAAAAAGGUAUAUAGUAGUAAAUUUUAAGAGGAUUUUUUCUGUAUAUAUGCUAUUCUUAUAAAGGUUAUCAAACGUUACCAUAAGUUACCAUGAAAGUAACCUAAAUAUGUUAGUAUAUUUUAAACCAAUUUUUUUACAUAUUUUUUUGCGGCUUUAUCCAUUUUUGAAAAUAUUUUGAUAAAAUACACUAUAUUCUAUCAAAAAACAAAAAAAAACCCCAUUUUUGGCAAAGCGUUAAAACGCUAUCCCAAAAAUUCAAUUUCAGCAAAUUUUACAAAUUGUGUCAUAUCUUUUUUUUAAUAAGUCCAAAAUAAAAAAUUCUUUUUGCUUUCGAUUAGUAACAACAUUUUUAAGGCUUUCGUGAAAAAAAGACAUCAAAAUCUUGAAUUUUAUUUUUUGGUAAAAAAAUGUCAAAAAAAUAAAUUUUUUGAUUUUGAUGUUUUUUGUCACAAAAAUCUUAAAAAUGUUGUUACUAAUCGAAAGCAAAAAGAAUUUUUUAUUUUGGACUUAUUAAAAAAAAGAUAUGACACAAUUUGUAAAAUUUGCUGAAAUUGAAUUUUUGGGAUAGCGUUUUAACGCUUUGCCGAAAAUGGGUUUUUUUUUGUUUUUUGAUAGAAUAUAGUGUAUUUUAUCAAAAUAUUUUCAAAAAUGGAUAAAGCCGCAAAAAAAUAUGUAAAAAAAUUGGUUUAAAAUAUACUAACAUAUUUAGGUUACUUUCAUGGUAACUUAUGGUAACGCUUGAUAACCUUUAUAAGAAUAGCAUAUAUACAGAAAAAAUCCUCUUAAAAUUUACUACUAUAUACCUUUUUCCAUUUUUGAAUUGAGCUAUUCUAUAAAAAAAUACGAAUAAAUUAAAAAAUCCGCAAUUCCUUUUGCAUCAACCUAAUACAAGGAUGUUCUACAUAAUCGAAAACAUACACCUAAACUCGAUUCACUCUAAAAUAUCGCUUCGUUUUCUUGUUUAGGACAUAUUUUUUGAGAAAAAAUUGCAGUAAUCCGUCAUAUAAAGCGGGAGAUAAAAGGUUUUCUGAAAAAUUUUUUAAAUUCUUCUGUUUUUAUUUAAAAAAAAAAAGUAAAAACAAAAAAGCGAAUAUUCUAUGUCCAGUGGUGUUUGACCAAUUUUCGCUUAAUUCUGAGAUACCUAUUUUAACAAUCCGGGCCAAACUAUGAUUUGUAAGAAAACGCGUUUUUAAUACUGUCUUCGUUUUUAGAUAUGGCACAAAAUUGUCGGCGACUGCAGGUUCAAUCUAUGCUUUGCGGCCUUUCCCAGCGAUAUGGACAAAGGUGUUAAAGAGGCACACGCAGAUUCUGUACGGCCAGGAGGUUUCUAUGAUCAUAAACCUGCUUGACAUUGUUCCUGGUGACAUUGUCUGCGAAUCGGGAACAGGUUCGGGAAGUCUAACUCAUGGUCUGGCCGUUGCUGUGGGAGCCCACGGGAAGGUCUACACUCAUGACAUUGAAGAGCCUCAGGUCAAGAAGAUUGAGACCGAGGCCAAAGCUCAUGGCUUUUCGGAUCGUAUCAUACCGGCUCUGCGAGAUGUUACCCAGGCUGGAUUCCAAGUUCAAGGGCAGUGUUCAGCAGUGUUCCUCGAUCUCCCGGCUCCUUGUUUGGCUGUUGCCAAUGCGAUCGCCGCCUUUGAUCGCUCUCGAGUUUCCCGGUUGGUCAGCUUUUCCCCAUGUGUUGAACAGGCCCAAGAUUUGUGUGCAACCCUGAGCGAGUACGAUUUCAUCAACAUCAGAACAAUUGAGUUGAUUGGAACUACGUAUAAGGUGGGAACAUUAUGCAUGGAUAUGAUAUAUGUUUAGGCUGAGACGCCAAUAAUAUACGACAUUUCGGAUAUGGAAAAAAGUAAAUCGUCCAGGAAAACAAUCAGAAGAAAUGCCCAGAACGAGAUUAUAUCGGCGAAUGAAAGUGCAACUCAAUAUAACGACAAGAAGACCUCAGCUCUCAUCGCUUCUCCCGACAAACAGCCAUCUCAUGCUGGAUUUUUAACCUCGGCCACUUUGUUAAGUAGAUAA